AUGUUGAAAAGGAGCAUUGCACAAAUAUUGAAGUUCAGGAAACCAGCUGGUAGUUUUAGGUUAUUAGCAUCUAGGAGAAUUUCUCGGAUUAGUGUCUCACGUAAUGGCGCCACACUUUUGAGUCGGCCUUAUUCAGUCAGCACACAGGGUGAGAACUUGGAAGGUAAGAUUGAUCAAUUGGAUGAUAAUACGUAUAACACCAUAUCAAAUGAAUAUUUGGAUUCCCUUUCAGAUGCUUUGGAGAAUCUCAAUGAGGAGUUUGAACAAGUUGACUCUGAAUUGAGCCACGGAGUUCUCACCUUAACCCUUCCACCCAAUGGGACAUAUGUCAUUAAUAAGCAACCACCAAAUAAGCAAAUCUGGUUGAGCUCACCAAUAAGUGGUCCCAAGAGGUAUGAUUCGAUUGGGGGUAAAUGGGUUACGCUUCGGGACGGCAGUUCCUUGACAGCUUUGUUAGAAGAGGAAAUUUCGCAUGCAGUUGGCACCAAUGUGAAAUUUGACAUGACGAUGUAG